CAACAGCCAUUUUAAGUCCUUUUAAUCUUUUCAGCCACAGUAUUUUUAUCUUUCUAGUGAUUUUUAGUAUAAUUUUUUCCCUUCAGACGAUGGCAAAUUGCAUUUGACCUUGGACUGGCAGUGUUUGGGAUUGCCUGCAGGACUGGUUCACUACAUUCCUCCAAGAUUUUCUGGUACAAUGGUAGCCUUACAAGUUCAUUUUUUUCUGAUUCCAUCCCUCAUGGGCAUCAUGGGAGCAGCACAGUACGUGAUGCAGGAUGCAGCCCUGCUGAGCUACAUUGACCAGCGUUUUCUGUCUCUGGAGAAGAGGCUGGAGAAGUGCAACCAAGAUGUGCUGGAAUACGUGGACGAAUUCCGAGAGUUUUCCCGGAUGGUGCUGUCCCGCCUGGCAGGACUGAACACUGACAAGGCUGAGGUUAAGAGGGAAGUGGAGCAUUUAUUAACAAGGAUUGAGCAUGCACAGAGGGACAUUGACUAUUUUGGAUCUGUCAUGGAUUCCAACGCCUGUGUGGAAGUGCAUGAGGACCUGCUGAAACAGCAGCUGCUGGAAGAGGCAGAAGAAAAAAAGAGACUUAAAGUCAUGCUUAAUGCAAGUUGUGACCACGUGCUUGCAGGUAUUAGGUCCCUAAAGGUAGUUAAGAAGACUGGAGGAAAGCACGGCUCUUGGAUGAAAGAUCCUGGCAAAAAGCACGCAAAGAUUUAUUUAUUAAGUGGCUCUGUAAAUAAUGUGAUUUUGGAAUUUGCAAAUAUCAUGAGUUUCAUGAAAAACAAUCAGACACUGAAGGCUCGCAGAGUCCCCUUGCCAUUGCCCUGGGAAGGAACUGGCCACGUCAUCUAUCAGGGUUUCCUCUUCUACCACAGACACGGCUCCUUAAAUGAGAUCGUUAAAUUCAAUAUCCAGAGAAGAAACAUAGCUGACCAGAUGCUGCUGCCAGGGGCUGGAAGGAUUCCUCCCUACCAGCUCUCUCCACAGACAAAAAUAGACUUGGCUGUUGACGAGCAAGGGCUGUGGGCCCUCCACGCAGCGCCAGAGACCGGGGGAAACAUUGUCAUCACCAAAAUCAACCCCGUAGCCAUGGCCGUGGAGUACAGCUGGGACACGCCCUGCAGCAGCAAGGAUGCUGAGGCAGCUUUCAUGGCCUGCAACACCCUCCACGUGGUCUACAACUCCCCUUCUGGAGGCUCCUCCCGCAUCCAGUGUGUUUAUGAUGUUUUGGACACUCUAAAUGCUUACAUAAACCCAGGACUGCAUUUCCCCAAACGCAAGGGUAGCCACUCCACCAUACAUUACAAUCCUAAAGAAAAGCAACUCUUUGCUUGGGGUGAUGGAUCCCAGAUCAUUUACAAGCUUCACACAAAGCAAAAAGUUGGAAGCCUUCAGCAGCUUUUCAAAUGAGACUUAAAAGCUGCCAGUCCCAGGUCAAGACAGACAUUAAUGUGUAUUAAAAUUACAUUAUUCCCAUCUGUUACAACUUUCAUCCAUUUUACAUAACUUAAGGCUUACGUAUGCAAAUAAUCUUAAUGCCCAAAAAAGAAUAUGUGAAGAUUUCAUUAAUAUAAAUUCCAUGAUGACUAAAUACCACACAUGCACAACCCCCCCAAUUAGUCUUAAAGUCUAAAGUUAAUUAAAGAAAAUAAUAGCCCAUUUCUGACAGGUUCUCUUCCUGUUGAAACUACAUUUUUUACUUCAAUGCCCUGGAAAUCGAACCAGAAACUGUUCCUGCCCAAAACACAGUUUGACAACCUUCACAACUCUGAAGCUCACUACAGGAAGCCUUCUAGUGAGCAAUAUAAAAUCCCAUGCUUCCAGGGAAAUGAGAUAUAACUUUGAAUGGGAGCAGUUUAUUAUACCACUAAGUGUAGGAAUAUACACCCCCACAAACAUGGUUUAUAUUUAGCAUAGAACUCUGUGCAUCACAUCAAGGCUACUCCUAUUAAUUGAACUUCUAGAGUAUUUCCAUGAAACUUCCACAUUUCUUAUCCAGGUAGCUCUCCAGACCACCGGCGAUCCUGCCAGUACAUUAGCUGCAGCCACACAUUCACUUCUAUCAGCUUCAAGUUGCCUUCAACUUUCACUAUUUUUUGAGCAUAUCACUGUGUGUUGGAAGCAAUGUUCCUUGGUGAACUGUUUUGUAUCACACGCUUCUUUUAAAGGUUUUACAUGACACUCUUUGGUGGUUUUCUCAUUAGGUCUCUUUUAGCACCUACUUGUGAGGCAUUUUCCCCAACGAUUCAAGUCACUUCCAUUGAUUACAGAAAAAUCUUUCUCAUCCUAUCCUCCACCUCCAGGAAAAGGUGGCUCAGAUGAGCACAAUUGU